GCCGCGCUCGCCCGGGACCUCGCGCACGGUCCCGCGCCUAAUUAAAUUAAUUAGGGCGCAGCGCGCGGCGGGCGGGCGGUGCCGUGGCCGCAGUGCCCCGCGGCGGGCGGGCGACCGGCGAGGACGGGAGGAAGGAAGGGAGGAAGGAAGGGGUCCAUUCAGAGCUCCGAGGGGAGGUAAUUCGCCGGGAACGAGGGGCCGGCUUUGCAAAGUAUAAAUAGUGCCACUUCAAUCGCGGCGUCGCUAUCAGACCCCGGGAGCCCUGCACGUCGGGCGGCACGGCCCGGCCCGGCUCGGCACGGCCCGGGGCGCCGCCGCCUCCCCGCCCCGUGGAUGCCCGCCCGGGGAGCCGGGGCAGCGCGCCCCUGAGCCAUGGAGGAGCUGACGGCGUUUGUCUCCAAGUCGUUUGAUCCCAAAGCCAAGGAGAAGAAGGAGCUCAUCACCUACCGCGAGGUGCUGGAGAGCGGGCCCCUGCGCGGCGGCGGCCCGCGGGAGCCCGGCGGGGCGGCGGCGGAGCCGGGCCGGGAGGACACGGGCAGCCCCGCGGCGCGGCCGGCCGGGCGCUCCCCGCCGCGGGAGCCCGACGCCGCCGCCGAGAGAGCGGCCGAGGCGGCCACCCCCAAGCUCAGCGACGUGUCCCCAGAGCUGAAGGAGCGCAAGGAGGAUGCGAAAGCGAUGGAAGACGAAGGGCAGACGAAAAUCAAGCAGAGGAGGAGCCGGACGAAUUUCACCCUGGAGCAGCUGAACGAGCUGGAAAGGCUUUUCGACGAGACCCACUACCCGGACGCGUUCAUGCGGGAGGAGCUGAGCCAGCGGCUGGGGCUCUCCGAGGCCAGGGUGCAGGUUUGGUUCCAGAACCGCCGGGCCAAGUGCCGCAAGCAGGAGAACCAGCUGCACAAAGGGGUGCUGAUCGGGGCCGCCACGCAGUUCGAGGCCUGCCGGGUGGCUCCCUACGUGAACGUGGGCGCGCUGAGGAUGCCCUUCCAGCAGGUGCAGGCGCAGCUGCAGCUGGACAGCGCCGUGGCCCACGCUCACCAUCACCUGCACCCGCACCUGGCCCACGCCCCCUACAUGAUGUUCCCCGCGCCCCCCUUCGGGCUCCCGCUGGCCACCCUGGCCGAGUCCGCCUCCGCCGCCUCCGUGGUGGCCGCCGCCGCCGCCGCCAAGACCACCAGCAAGAAUUCCAGCAUCGCCGACCUCCGCCUGAAGGCCAAGAAACACGCCGCCGCCCUGGGGCUGUGACCGCGCUGCUGCUGCUUUAUUUUUUUUUUUUUUUUCUCUUUCCAAAAAAAAAAAAAAAAAGGGGGAAAAAAAAGGAAAAAAAAGAGUUAAAAAAGAGUUAAAAAAGGAAAAAGGAAAGAAACGAGGGAGAGGAGAAACGGACGGGAGAUAUAUACUUAUUUAAGGAAUUAGAGGACGCGCAGCUGGGAAGUUCACAGGUUUUGAAACUGACCUUUUUCUGCGAAGUUCACUUUAAUACAAGAAAUUUGAUAAGAGAGGCGGGCCUCCUUUCACGUUGCAUCAGGUACUUGAGUUUAACAACCACGUCUGGAAU